AUGAUGCGCUGCCUCUUGUUGACCACGCUGCUAUUCGCAUACAGCGCGUGGGGAUCAAACACCACAAGACACGAUUCAAGUGCCAUUGCCAAAUUACAACGUGAUGCAUUUUUUGAGGCACCACUGUCAAAACUGCUACAUGUUCCGCUAAGCGGCAACGAAGCGCUGGAUCUGGACGCGCGACUGCAGCGCGCGUUUAUCCAGUGUCGAGAACUGGGCGUAACUUCCAUUAUGUACGAAGCUGCUAGUGAUACAAGUAUGGAUGACGUAGUUUAUUGUAGCCGUUUGCGCUAUCUGCGGCACCAACGGCAGCAUGUCCGUAAUAUGCGGGCAACGCUGGCGUCGCAUCAGGUGGUGGCGGAUGUUGAGCGUCAAGUGGAGACAAGAACCACAGAUGAUCUUACUUUUCAAGAAUUUUUUGAGCUUUAUACUGAGAAAGAGAAACCAGUCUUGCUGCAGCUAAAGGAUAACGGUAAAGACUCAGUGGUAAAGCUCCUAGGAUUAGAAACGUUAAGUAACAGCGACAUUGCAGCGGAAAAUGUUACUCAUGACGCACCAGACAAACUGGAACGAUUUCUUGAUGUCUGCUUCAGCCAAAAGACUGAAACGCAGGGAAGUUUUGAGUUGAGACUGCUACAAAUUGAAGACGAGGCGUGUAGCACAAUGCUGAAGCAUUUUUUUCGUGUGCCUAUUUACAUAACCCACGACUACGUACAACGAACCAAUGCAUCUCAUGAUAAACUAUUCUUGCCGGCCGUCUUUAUACUUCCUCCUGCUACUGACGUUGGAUUGAGUGCUUCUCAAAGCUUCAAAGACAUCGUAGCCUGUCCGUACGGAUUGCACAUGCUGGCGAUCCCUCUCGAAGAUGGUGCUCAUGCACAAGUGACGCUGAUUGACCGCAAAUUUGAGCCGAUCAACCUUCCGAUUUUACUUGAAGAAACGCAAAAAGAAGUAGAAGUUACCUUGGACGCUAACGUGGCGAUCUCAGCCGAUGGUGGAAAGCUUUUGGACAAUGAUUACUUCCAGCACGUGCCAGAGCUAUACAGUGCGAUAGAGCUAAGAGUUGGCAAUCUUCUGUUUAUACCGGGCAGUAUUAUCACGAAGAUGCAUUCUUUGACUUCGUCAGCUCGAACGACAAAACUUUUACGAUUUUGCUAUUGCGACGCAGCCAAUGUCAAGGAGGUGAAAGAAGCUGCUGGCCUCGAUGUCCUUCUCCUGGCAAAUGACACUAAAGACAAUGGAGUUUAUACUUUGCUGCGUCCACUUCAAACUCCAGGUUUUGAUUCCUCCUUUUCUCGACGUCCUACUCUUACCGAUACAAGUUGGAGUACUUACAUAAAGUGGCCUCGCGAUCCUGCAUUUUUGACCAAAAGAAACAGAAGAUAUCAACCCAAUGAUGACGACGACGACAAAAUAGAAGAGCAGUUAUCACGUCGUGAGCGACUAAAGCAAUGGCAGGAUGACAAGAGAUGGGAAAGUUACAUCGCAUCGCUUACGUUGCCAGUUGCGUGGCCACCUCUUGUUGUCAAUACCACCCGCACGACAGCUACUCUUCGAUGGCAAGAACUUUAUCAGCCUAUGAAGAACGAUCGAACUGAAUAUGGAUACGAGGUGAGUUGGAUUCGUGAAAAUCAAGCUGGAAUGACGACAGAGAACCUACAGGUGACACAUGAGGCUAUUAAUGUGACUCAAAAACAGUUUAGACGCAGCAAAUUACCUUCGACAUUUUUUGGAGAUGACUUCGAUGGGCACGACCUUGAAGCAGUCAUAACUGGCCUGCAAGCUGAAACUGCUUACUCCUUUUCAGUUCGCCUUGUUGUUGGAGAGGAUCGAGGUGCGGCUAGCGGAAUUUCUCGUCGUGUAGUAACGAGUCCUUGUACCCCACCUUCGCAUAUUCGUGGCGUUCCAGAGGUUGUCGACAUGGAAGAAACGUGUGUGACUUUACGGUGGCUUGAUGUCGAAGAUGACGGGGGCAAAAAAAUCGAGUUAUAUCUUGUAUCAACUGAGAGACUGCCAGAAAAAGGUGAACAGGGCAACCGUGGCACACAUGCAGGAGCAGAUAAUCGGGCACUUGUCGGUGAAUAUGAGAAAAUCAUUGCUGUAAAUGCCAGCAGCGAAGUUAAUCGAGAACAAUUGACCUCAGGAGCAAUGUGGCUAUCGACCAAAAUUUGUGGCCUCUUCUCUAAUACAGCUUAUAUAUUUCGAGUUGCUGCUAUGAAUGUACUAGGUGCUGGGCACUGGAGUCGCCGCAGUAACCAUGUCGAGCUGUAUCAUCACUUGAAGCGCCUACUCAUGCCCAAGAAAAGUGAGAGCUACUCUCAAGCCAUCGCUAUUCCAAUGUUAAAAGGUGUCGGGGAUCCUGGCUACACAGCUGUGAGUGGGGUCAGGAUCUUGUCGCAAAGCGACUUAUCUACGCUGGUUGCUCAAGAUCCGCACAGCAUUUAUCGAGCCUCAGGGACGCAGGAUGAAGACGCAACUCUGACUCAUGUGGUGCUCUCCGACGUGCGAGAGCAAGUGCAACUGAUGAGCCAUAACGACGGAGCUUUUACCGUGGAGCGUACAUUUGAGGCUUGGACGGGCCAUUAUAGUCCACGGCUGUAUGACGUGUCUGCAGAAUUAAUUCUAGCAGAUCCACCUGAUGCUUCUCAGCCGUUGCGCAAUUCAAUUGCAGUUCGCGAUCGAAUUGUUCUAGCAAUACGAGAGCUGUGUACCCGGAGCCGACAAAACGCGAGGUGA